UGGCCACCAUUGGUUGGAGGGAUAUUUGGGUAGUUUUGUCAUUUCGAUCAUCAAGUAUCGCUAUAAAUCGGGCUACCCCGAGCCUUUCUUCUUCGCCAAUUCUUGGAAAAUCAUCUCCUAUAGCUACAUAGAAGCCUUCGUUAAAUUUCUGUCAAGAUGCAAAUCUUUGUCAAAACUCUCACUGGAAAGACAAUCACCCUAGAGGUUGAAAGCUCUGACACUAUUGACAAUGUCAAGGCCAAGAUUCAGGACAAGGAAGGGAUUCCCCCAGACCAGCAAAGGCUUAUCUUUGCUGGAAAACAACUUGAGGAUGGGCGUACCCUUGCCGAUUAUAACAUCCAGAAAGAGUCGACCCUUCACUUGGUCCUUCGUCUCAGGGGUGGAAUGCAGAUCUUUGUAAAAACCCUUACUGGAAAGACAAUCACGCUUGAGGUGGAAAGCUCUGAUACCAUCGACAAUGUCAAAGCCAAAAUUCAGGACAAGGAAGGGAUCCCCCCAGACCAGCAAAGGCUCAUCUUUGCCGGCAAGCAACUUGAGGACGGACGCACUCUUGCUGACUAUAACAUUCAGAAGGAAUCCACCCUUCACCUGGUCCUUCGUCUCAGGGGUGGUAUGCAGAUCUUCGUGAAAACCCUAACUGGAAAGACAAUCACCCUGGAGGUGGAAAGCUCUGACACCAUUGACAAUGUGAAAGCCAAAAUUCAGGACAAGGAAGGAAUCCCACCAGACCAGCAAAGGCUUAUCUUUGCUGGCAAACAGCUUGAGGAUGGACGCACACUUGCUGACUAUAACAUUCAAAAGGAGUCCACCCUUCACUUGGUCCUUCGUCUCAGGGGUGGUAUGCAGAUCUUUGUGAAAACACUUACUGGAAAGACCAUUACCUUGGAGGUUGAGAGCUCUGACACCAUCGACAAUGUUAAGGCCAAGAUACAGGACAAGGAGGGCAUCCCACCAGACCAGCAGAGGCUGAUCUUUGCCGGUAAACAACUUGAGGAUGGUCGUACACUUGCUGACUACAACAUCCAAAAGGAGUCAACCCUCCACUUGGUUCUUCGGCUCCGAGGUGGUAUGCAGAUCUUCGUGAAGACACUUACUGGGAAAACCAUUACUCUGGAGGUUGAGAGUUCUGACACCAUUGACAAUGUGAAAGCGAAAAUCCAGGAUAAAGAGGGCAUCCCACCAGAUCAGCAGAGGCUUAUUUUCGCUGGUAAGCAGCUUGAAGAUGGGAGGACACUUGCAGACUACAAUAUCCAGAAGGAAUCCACACUUCACUUGGUCCUUCGACUCCGUGGUGGAAUGCAGAUAUUUGUUAAGACCCUCACUGGAAAGACUAUAACUUUGGAGGUUGAGAGUUCAGAUACCAUUGACAAUGUCAAGGCUAAGAUCCAGGAUAAGGAGGGGAUCCCACCCGACCAGCAGAGGUUGAUUUUUGCUGGAAAGCAGCUGGAGGAUGGAAGGACCCUUGCUGAUUACAACAUUCAGAAGGAGUCCACCCUGCAUCUUGUGCUCCGUCUCAGGGGGGGUUUCUGAGUUUGGUCAUGUGCUUGCUUAUGUGAAUCUGUUUGUUCUGCCUUUGUCAUUUUGAAUCCGUGGUUAUGUUUGUGGCAUGGUCUGGCUGCAGGCCAAUGGUUUAUGUCUUAAAUAAGUUGUCAAAACUCUUUUUGAAGUUUUUUAAGUUCUAUAAUUGUCGCACAGUGUUUCUUAGAUACUGUUAUAUUGGUCUUGUUUAGAUCAUGUAAUCAGUUCUAAGAACACAACCAUCUUAAAUAAAUACCUAUAGUGUCGUUUAUUAUA